AUGAUAUCUCUCUUUUUGGCUUUCAGUUUUGUUACUGCAUUGAAGGAUCUAAAACUCUGUGUGAUUAUCUCUCAAACUUAUGACCUUCAUGCUGAUUCAUCUAUAUUCUCGGCACUGAAGAAGAGAUGCAGCUUGGUCUCAGUAAUGGCUGAUGUGGACCGGAUGCUUAGAGCACAAGGAACAUUUAUAGUAAGAGAUGACAUAGAAACAAAAGGAGAAAUUGAUAAUAUGAUGGAAUCACUAAUGGAAUGUAAGAAUGACACAUUCCCAAGAUGGAAAAGGAGUGAUCUCUGUUCAGGAGUCAAGGUGGUGUCUUACAUGGGUUGAGACCAUUACAUCGGAGAUAGCAAGUGAAAGAGAAUUGGUUUAAUAUAGUUUUAUGAGUAAUGUUUCUUUUGUGAUCAUGGUGAUUAUUUACAUUGUAUUAGGCCAAUAUGUGUAUCUUUUUUUUGCAUUGACAAAAAUUGUAUACAAAGACACUGUCCCAAUAGGGUAAGCUUUGAUAAACUUUUGAUUUGG